AUGUCAUUGAUACGUGGAAUAACCUUGCACAAGACAUCAAAGUUGUAUUCUAAUAUGGAGGUACCCUUUUCUGCAUCUUGGAUAUCACAAACUAAAACCGUUUUCAUAUUGAUGAUCAGGUUGAGAAGACGAGAGAACAUAUCAGCCAACUCCUUUUUAUAUCUAGUGUCGCGUGUUUUAGAAGUCGCCAACUUGCUUGCUAAAACAUCACAUAUUCUAAGGCAAUCCAGUAAUAUGUCUCCAAAAUCAACUAUAUGUGCAACCACAUCCUUUAAGAACCCCAUGGUCAUAUUCCAAACAUCAGUAACAGAAUCAUUGUCCAUAAACUCGAAAAAGGCGAUCAAAAAUCUGGAGAGCUCCAGAACUUCAACCUCGGAAUCCAUAGUGGUCUUGGGUAACUCUGGUAGUGAUUGUGCGUUACACUUAGACAAAAUUGAGGUGAAUAAGGAAGGUAAAGUCAUUUGA